CACUACGAUUUUUUGUUCAGACCGCUGUCGACGAGCGACAUUUGCAGGGGGAGAGAAGUCUAUAGAAAGACGAACAAGUGUCCCCCAGAACUGACCCCGGCCUGGGAUUAUCUGAAAAUCUAUUGUGUGAUUUCUAAAGGUUGGCUCCGUCGUUGCUCCUUUGAUAACGGACAAGGAUGGAGAUGCACAUGAGCGAGAUGGAUAGUGGCAUGGUAAAGGUCAAGGAGUGGAAUCAGUCAUAUUACGGUCACGACUCGGGCAUCCAGUCUGGGGCCACCACCAUCAGAGACGAUGACGGCGACUACAAAACCACCACGCGUUAUGUCACAACCACCACUGUCACCAAAGAGCAGCCCGACUUGGAGACCCAGUACACACUGAGCAGAGCUCAGCGUGUUCGGGCUGCGAUGUUCCCCGAGUCGAUGGAAGAAAGCACCACCAUCCUGUCGACCCAGACAGACCCGUCCCAGAUGACCAACGUCCAGCGGCUGGCCGAGCCCUCCCAGAUGCUCAAACAGGCCAUCAUCCAUCUGAUCAACUACCAGGACGAUGCCGAGCUGGCCACCAGGGCCAUCCCGGAGCUCACCAAGCUGCUCAACGAUGAAGAUCAGGUGGUGGUCAGCAAGGCGGCACAGAUUGUGAACCAGCUCACCCAUAAGGAGGCCUCCCGCCGCGCCCUGAUGCAGUCCCCUCAGAUGGUGGCGGCGGUGGUCCGGGCUUUGCAGAACUCAAACAAUAUGGAAACCACCAAGGCGGCAGCCAGCAUCCUCCACAACUUGUCCCACCAGAGGGAGGGCCUGCUCGCCAUCUUCAAGUCAGGAGGCAUCCCCGCUCUUGUCCGCAUGCUCAGCUCUCCGCUAGAGUCUGUGCUGUUCUACGCCAUCACCACACUUCACAACCUGCUGCUGCACCAGGAGGGAGCCAAGAUGGCCGUGCGUCUGGCCGACGGACUGCAAAGGAUGGUCCCGCUGCUGAAGAAGACCAACCCUAAGUUCCUGGCCAUCACCACAGACUGUCUGCAGCUGCUGUCGUAUGGCAACCAGGAGAGCAAGCUGAUCAUUCUCGCCAACGGAGGUCCCGAAGGUCUUGUUCAAAUCAUGAAGACCUACAACUACGAGAAGUUGCUUUGGACCACGAGCCGCGUCCUCAAAGUCCUCUCUGUGUGCCCCAGCAACAAACCAGCCAUUGUUGAGGCUGGUGGGAUGCAGGCUCUUGGUAAACACCUGCAAGGCUCCAGCCAGCGUUUGGUGCAGAACUGCCUGUGGACCCUGAGAAACCUGUCGGAUGCUGCAACAAAGCAGGAAGGAGUUGAACCCCUGCUGCAGACUCUGGUGGGGCUCCUCGGCGCAGAUGACGUCAACAUGCUCACCUGCGCCACUGGCAUCCUGUCUAACCUCACGUGCAACAACAGCAACAACAAAUCUCUGGUCACCCAACACAACGGUGUCGAGUCGCUGAUCCACGCCAUACUGCGUGCCGGGGAGAAGGAGGACGUGUCUGAGCCGGCGGUUUGCGCCCUGCGACAUCUGACUUCACGCCACCAGGACGCCGAGUUGGCGCAGCACGCCGUGAGGAACCACUACGGCAUCCCAGCUAUCGUCAAGCUGCUCAACAUGCCCUACUACUGGCCAGUCAUCAAGGCUGCUGUUGGGCUGCUCCGCAACCUGGCCUUGUGCCCAGAAAACCAGGCUCCCCUCAGAGAUGCAAACGCCGUCCCCCGUCUGGUCAACCUGCUGCUCAAGGCCCACCAGGACAAUCAGAAAUCUGGUUCAUCCCCUCAGCAGGCUUACCAGGAUGGAGUGAGGAUGGAGGAGAUUGUGGAGGGUUGCACAGGAGCCUUGCACAUCCUGGCAAGAGAUCCCAUAAAUAGAAGUCAAAUUGCCAACUUGGACACAAUUCCACUCUUUGUCCAGCUCCUCUACUCCCCGGUGGAGAACGUGAAGCGUGUGGCGGCAGGCGUUCUGUGUGAGCUGGCCCUGGACAAACAGUGUGCUGAAGCUAUUGAUGGAGAGGGAGCUUCAUCUCCACUGAUGGAGCUACUGCACUCUAACAAUGAGGGCAUUGCUACCUACGCUGCUGCUGUUCUCUACCGCAUUUCCGAAGAUAAGAACGCCGACUACAAGAAGCGCGUCUCCGUGGAGCUCACACACUCUCUGUUCAAGCACGACCCUGCAGCCUGGGAGUCGGCCCACAACACUAUCCUGGAAGGAGGCUAUCAAGAUGAACCAGACGGUUACGCACCCUAUGCAUACCAAGGUGAAAUGCCAAUGGAUGGCUAUGACGGACAAAUGAUGGGGGAAGACUUUCAAGGAAUGAACUACAACAGACCCUUUGAUUAUUAACGGAUGUUGGACGAGAGGAGAGGCUGAAGACCUGAAGAGGGAUUCUGUGGUAAAGAGAAGAGAAAACGUUCACUCCCUCUGCUCUCCACCUGCUGUAAAAUAUGCAAUUAUCGUCAAAUAUGGGACUCAUAAUCUUAACAGGGCUCAACUUUGUGUUUUUUUUUUUUAUAGAAAGAAUAAUUGAUUUUUAAUAAUGACAGCUUUUAAGUUUUGGUUUUAAAAAUAACUUUUAGAAGUGUGUGCAUGCUCGUGUGUGUGAAUGUGUUUAGGCUUCUGGGUGGGUGGUCUAUGCCAAAGAGAUUUUUGUUUUGUGAUGAUAAUCAUGUAGCCUACUUUUUAUUAUUAUUUUAACAAUCCAGAAAUAAUAUUUGAGAACACUACCAGAGGUGGCUCAAUGUGCACAGUGCACCUAUUCGCUUCUCUGUUUUAGGCCUUUUUUUUUUAACAUCACUGUUUUGACUGUAGUUUUGACACUUUGUACCGUCGUCGUUCUCCCGCCGCGAGCCAGAAAUCGAUUCACUAACUUGUUCUUCAGGUGAUAAUUCAACAGAAGGGAACAAAGAUGCUUAAAGCGACCUGACCUGACCUGAGCUGUUGGCUACUCUUAUGUAAUCAGUUGUUUUACUAAAACUGGAGAUGUUUUUCUUUUCUGAUUUACUGUUUUUAUAAGUUGUUCACUUGGGAGAACUUCGGUGUAUAUCUUCCAUAAAUUUAGCAGAGAUGUCUUUUUUUGUUUGUUUUUGUUUUUUUUGAAGUGAAUUUUAAAAGAAACUGAUCUGUAGCUGUGGUUGAAAUCACAACAAGGAUUGUUGGAGAUGAGAUGAUGGAGUCCGGAUGGCCCCGCAGCUGCCAGCGAACUACUGACAGGGAAAUCUUGCUUUCUAUUUCAUAAAGAGUUUUUACUGAGAUUUUGUUUAAUAAAAUAAAUGAUAUAUUAAAAA